CAUUCCCCAAGAACUACUUCAGAACACCCAACCCCUAGAAGUCCCUGCUAGCAAUGCGUUUUCAACAGGCGCUACUACUUCAAAAACAGCAGGCAGAACAAGAGGACCAACGUGAGGAGUGGGAGAAAAAGUUCAAACCUGUGUAUGAAGCGGUCAAUCGAGAUUAUGAAGCGGCAAUGCACUGGUAUGACCCGAUUGCCCUCUCCUUAGAACGUGUCACAAAACAACUCCCACAACACGACCAAACAUCCAUAUCUCCUUCCCCAGUAACUUCCGGCACGCCUUCCAUCUCGUCACGAGUCAAACCUUUGACCACGUCGCUUUCAUCACUGACUCUCUCUGACCGGACACGUGCAGCAUCCCAUGACCCAAACUCACCCUCUCGAAAUUCAACGCGAAAAGGUGAUGUAGACACAAAGACAGUAGAUGGAGAGAGGAAGGCGAGACCUGGCGCGAGGGCAAGUACUGUUAGAGGGGCACAGAUGCAACGGGCAAAUGUGGUAGCAGGUCCAAGAAGUCAUUAGACCUGCCGACACCGAGCAUUGGAAGACCCGGCUGGGGACGCUGUGAUGACCUCAAUUCGAUCAUACGAUCAAUAUCCCGCGGCCCACUGUGUGUAGACUAUAUCUGUUUUCCUAGUUAGACAGAUUUUACGAUGUCGAUAUGCUAUUCGAUGCUAGAGUGACAGGAGAAGGUGCGAUGCCCCGUGCGCGUCGGUGCACACAACCUUCAGCAAUCGUGUUAUGGUUCUGGAAGCUCUAUGUCCGUUCUAUAACAACGAUGAGAUGGCAAGUAAAGCAGAUUUUCUGGCGUUAAUUGGACAGACGCCAAGGACAGAUGACGCAUGUUUGAUACCCGUAAUAAUAGAUCAUUGGGCAUCAUCACGGGCGAUGGAGCCAGACUUUAUUUGUUCAAUAGAUAAACUGCUAUUCAGUUGACAGUUGUGGGUUUUCUAUACCGAUCAAUGUCUCCUUGGCAUUGUUUGGCGCCACAGCAGCACUGAAAAUAGAUAGAAAUGGCCAGUUUAGC